AUGUAUUCACAGCUACCUAAGUAGCUACCACAGUUUCUAGCCUAGCAUUGCUAACGUUAGCUAGCUAGCCAGCAAAAUUGGUUAGUUUGCGGUUAUGGUGUUGACCAAACAGUUACUCUGUCAUAGCCAGACACCCCAGUUGAACUGCAAGUCUCUACUGAACAGUUUAUCCACCUUGCUAGUUAUAGUAUCAUUCCUGCAAUUCAAUUCCUCUGGCUGGACUGGGUGGUCGCAGGGAUCUCCUAAGAAGGUCAUGCCAUGGUGCUACGAAGAUUACUGAGAAAACGUUGGGUGCUAGGUGUGGUGUUUGGACUGUCUUUGAUCUACUUCUUAACCAGUACCCUGAAACAGGUAUUUAAACUCUUGACAUCUCAGAUUUAUGUCUAGCUCAAAGAACUGGAAAACAGAUAUUCUCAUUGUCUGUAUAGGCCUACGUUACCCUAGACAGAGAGUCUAUGAGGUCCAGCUCUGGGCUAGUUUGUCAAAUCACAUUUGAUUGUCUGUUGUGCUGCAAGGGCUUGCCUUUUGGCUAUACAAGAUGUGUGUGUGAGAUGAAUUGUGUUGUGUUAUGCAGGAGGAGAGAACCAUACGGGAUCGCACCCUGUUGGAGGCCAGGGAUCCGGACCACCGGAUCCCAUGGAAGGUCAGGUUUAACCUGGGCAACAGUAGCAGGCCGAUCACUCAGUGCCGGAACUCCAUUCAAGGCAAGACACUGCUCACAGAUGAACUGGGUAAGUUAUAAACCUAACUGGACUCAUUCACUCACUUGUAAUCCCUUAGGAAAUAAUGGAUUUAUCUCAAUCAGUAUUUCCACGAUUCCUUACAUCCUAUCAUUGGUUAUUAUCAUUGAGUUAUUAUUAAAGACCACUUCAAUAUUCAAGUCACUGACUAAUCCAUUGUAUGUGAAUGUCCCCCAGGUUAUGUGUGUGAGAGGAAGGAUCUGCUGGUGAAUGGUUGCUGUAAUGUCAACGCUCUGAGCUCCAGACAGUACAUCUGUAAAAGUUGUCUGGCCAACGGCUGCUGUAACAUCUACGAGUACUGUGUGUCCUGCUGCCUCCAGCCUGAUAAGGUAUUCAAACUGUGGCACUCUUGUUGUGCUGCACACAAUAGCAAAAUAGUUUGUUCCAAAUGAGAAUUUGCUACUUUUGUAUGCACAUCUGUUGGAUGCAUGACUUUUCAGUCAAUGGUAUCAGAUCUCUAUCUUACCUUUGACUCUUAAACUCUACAUUGUUUUCAUCUUAACCUUUUGCAGUGGUUGAGUUAUAUCUAAUCCAUGUGAGAAAUACCAGAUUUAGAUCUUUACACCUCUCUCUCUCUGAUGUUCUCUUCACCCCACUCUCCCUCUCUCUCUGAUGUUCUCUCUACCCCCCCCCCCCACUUUCCCCCUCUCUCCCUCAUUCUCCCUCUCUCUCUCAGCAACCUCUACUAGAGCAUUUCCUGAACAGAGCUGCAGACGGCUUCCAGAACCUCUUCACGGCUGUGGAGGACCACUUUGAGCUGUGUUUAGCCAAGUGUCGGACUUCAUCGCAGGUAGGUUGAGUUGUGUACAUGAAACAAACACAUACCUCCCUGACCUUACCCAAAUGCUUUCAUGCAGAGAUGGCAAGAAAAACAUUCUAAUGGUUGUGUUUACCCUCUCAUUUUGAUCAUGCAGAGUGUCCAACAUGAAAAUACCUACAGAAAUCCACAAGCGAAAUACUGUUAUGGAGAAAGUCCACCUGAACUCCUGCCUAUAUGAUUGUUUGAUCCUCUGGGACCUACGAGACUGUAAAGAAACUAAUAACAG